CCAAGGAAUCGACGACAGCCAAUGUCCGACAGCCGGAGCCCGACACACACAGACACAGAGGCUCCUCACUCAUCCCACAGACCGCCGCGGACUGCCCGUGUUUCUCCUUCCAUUGUUUGAGACGUACCGACGUAAAGCUGACCCCAUAGGCACUGUAUAGUGAUCCAAAAUGGUGAGGGAUUGUAGGAAGCCGAAGGGCAAAAUGUCCUCAUAUGCCUACUUUGUGCAAACAUGCCGAGAGGAGCAUAAGAAGAAACAUCCUGAAGCCUCUGUCAACUUCUCAGAGUUCUCCAAGAAAUGCUCUGAGCGAUGGAAGACGAUGUCACCGAAAGAGAAAGUCACUUUCGAAGAUAUGGCCAAACGAGACAAGGUGCGUUAUGAGGGGGAAAUGAAGAAUUACGAUCCCCCCAAGGGCCAGAAGAGAAAGCGCUUCAAGGACCCCAAUGCCCCCAAAAGACCACCGUCUGCAUUUUUCCUGUUCUGUGCAGACUAUCGCCCCAAGGUAAAAACUGAGACUCCUGGGCUCAGCAUUGGAGACACCGCGAAAAGGCUGGGAGAGAUGUGGAACAGCUCAUCUGCAGAGAACAAGCAGCCGUAUGAGAAGAAGGCUUCUAAGUUGAAGGAGAAAUAUGACAAGGAUGUCGUUGCUUACCGCACGAAGGGCACAGUUGAUUCAGCACCCGCUGCUGCUGCCGCAGCAGAUGAUGAUGAUGAUGACGAGGAAGAAGAGGAGGAGGAGGAAGACGAUGAUGAUGAGGAUGAUGAUGAAUAGGUUGCAUAGUGGUCGGACCUGAAUUUUUGUUUAUUAUGCCAUAUAACCCAAAUAUACUCAAUUUACCAUCUUGAAACAUAAGUCAGACUGAACAAGAAUAUGUGUAUAUUUAAUGUUUUUAAGGUGUACAGUGUUAUUCUCCUUUUUCUUUUCUAAAGUUAACACUACAUAUCUUAAGUUUGAGAUUUUCUAGUGGUAGUUCUUUAUCCCUUGCCAUAUUGAGUAACAAUUUAGGCGGAUUAGAAAUAAAUAUGAAGGUAACUAAUCUAGGUGUCACAACUCAAAAAUAAGAUUUUUGAGUUGGUAGUGUAUUUUUCUUUAUUUUGAGAAAUGUUUUUUUUAUGUGCUGUCCCGAUGUCUUUUUAUUGUUCUUUGAAUACCACUCUAAUAUCAAAUGCAGCUGUUGACAUUCACGAAUGUCAUCAAUAAAGGUCGUUUUUUUUUUAAACAA